GUUUGCCAGAACCGAACAGAGACAGUACAUUCCAAGGACUGGGAAUGGAUCAAGGAUUCUACACAUCUAAAGACUUCCUACCUUUGGUAGCUAUGGCCAGUAAGCCAGGGAUGUGUGCCUGUCACUCUCCAUUGCCAUCAAUACAUGGAACUGUGAUUGUACUUGGGGCAGGAGACACUGCUUUUGACUGUGCAACAUCUGCUUUACGCUGUGGAGCUCGUCGCGUGUUUGUGGUCUUCAGGAAGGGAUUCACUAAUAUCAGGGCUGUCCCAGAAGAGAUGGAACUUGCAAAAGAAGAGAAAUGUGAAUUUCUGCCUUUCCUCUCCCCUCGGAAAGUUGUACUUAAAGGUGGACAAAUUGUUGCUAUGGAGUUUGUUCGAACUGAACAAGACAGUGAAGGAAACUGGAAAGAAGAUGAGGAUCAAGUUGUCCGUCUGAAAGCUGAUGUGGUGAUCAGUGCCUUUGGCUCCAUUUUAAGUGAUGAUAAAGUCAGAGACGCCAUGGCACCUAUCAAGUUUAACAGAUGGGGUCUUCCUGAAGUAGAUCCAGAAACAAUGCAAACAAGUGAACCCUGGGUUUUCGCAGGGGGUGACGUUGGUGGUCUUGCUAACACUACAGUGGAAUCGGUAAAUGAUGGAAAACAAGCUUCCUGGUACAUGCACAGAUACAUACAGUCCUUACAUGGUGUUGCAGUUUCUACUGUUCCACAGCUACCACUCUUCUAUACUCCUAUUGAUUUAGUAGACAUCAGUGUAGAAAUGGCUGGACUGAAGUUUCCAAAUCCUUUUGGCCUUGCCAGUGCAACCCCUACUACUAGUUCUUCAAUGAUUCGAAGAGCUUUUGAAGCUGGAUGGGGCUUUGCUGUCACUAAAACAUUCUCCCUGGAUAAGGACAUUGUGACCAAUGUUUCUCCAAGGAUUGUGCGUGGAAUUACUUCAGGUCCUGUGUAUGGCCCAGGCCAAGGCUCUUUUCUAAACAUUGAACUGAUCAGCGAGAAAACAGCAGCCUAUUGGUGUAAAAGCAUUGCUGAACUGAAGGCUGACUUUCCAAACCAUGUUGUGAUUGCCAGUAUCAUGUGCAGCUAUAGCAGAGAGGACUGGACUGAACUUUCAAAAAUGGCUGAGGUUGCUGGUGCAGAUGCACUGGAGUUAAAUUUAUCAUGUCCUCAUGGUAUGGGGGAAAGAGGCAUGGGCCUGGCCUGUGGGCAGGAUCCAGAGCUGGUACGGAACAUCUGUCGCUGGGUUAGACAAGCUGUUCUGAUUCCUUUCUUUGCCAAGCUGACCCCAAAUGUCACUGAUAUUGUGAAUAUUGCGAUGGCUGCGCAGGAAGGUGGUGCAGAUGGUGUUACGGCCACUAACACUGUGUCAGGACUGAUGGGACUGAAAGCAGACAGCACACCUUGGCCAGCCGUUGGUGCAGGACUGAGGACCACAUAUGGUGGCAUGUCAGGAAAUGCUAUUAGGCCCAUCGCCCUCCGUGCAGUGUCUGCCAUAGCCCGUGCUCUCCCAGGAUUUCCCAUCUUAGCAACUGGAGGCAUCGAUUCUGCUGAAAGUGGGCUCCAGUUUCUGCACAGUGGGGCUUCUGUUUUACAGGUAUGCAGUGCAAUCCAGAAUCAAGAUUUCACUGUUAUUGAUGACUACUGCACUGGACUGCGAGCUCUUCUUUACCUUAAAAGCAUAGAGGAACUUGCAGACUGGGACGGACAGAGUCCUGCAACCGUGCGCCAUCAGAAAGGAAAACCAGUACCUAGAAUUGCUGAUCUCAUGGGAAAG